ACACAUCCCUGCACAUCACUGCUGUCUAAAACAUCUUAAACAUCCUUCAGGAGGAAGGAGGAGGCUUCUCCAGGCGAGUACCCUCUAGUUCUGCAGUCAUGGUGAGAGUGGUUGCUGUGGUGUCGCUGGUUCUCAGCGCUCUGGGAGCUGCUAUAGGAAUUAAACUGGAUGGAAAUGGAUACACAGACCUUCUUAUAGCCAUCAACCCAGCUGUACCUCAGAACAAUGAGCUUAUCAAUCGAAUCAAGACAAUGAUUACAAAAGGAUCAGAAUAUCUGCUUGAAGCUUUAGACAGAAAGGUGUUUAUCAAGGAGGUGAACAUACUAGUUCCACCAACCUGGACCGGAUCUUUCGCGAAAGCAAGAAGAGAAACCUACGAUAAGGCCAAUGUGAUCGUUGGCCACCCGAACACAGCAUUCGGUGAUGAGCCGUACACUAAACAGAUGAAAGGCUGUGGGGAAGAAGGAGAGCACAUUCACUUCACCCCAGAUUUCCUCCUAAAAGACGACCUUCUCAAAGUAUUCGGGCCCAGAGAAAAGGUCUUCGUCCAUGAAUGGGCUCAUCUCAGAUGGGGGGUGUUUGAUGAGUACAAUAAGAAGCAGCCAUUCUACUGGUCCAAAACUCAAGAGAUUGAACACACAAGAUGUAGUGGGAAGAUUGCUGGCAAGUUGUAUGACGUGUCCAGUGGAAGUCCUCUUCCUUGCAGUUUUGAUCCGAAAACUGGUUUACCCACUAAGGGAUGCAAGUUCAUUCCAAACAAAGAUCAAAAAACAAGCUCUUCAAUCAUGUUCAUGCCAAGUCUAGAUGCUGUUAAAACGUUUUGUGAAGAUGGAGAUCACAACACUGAAGCUCCGAACCGGCAGAACAAGGAAUGUAACUUCAGAUCUACCCGUACCAUCAUUUAUAAACAUUCAGUGGACAGUGCCGCCCUUAAGACCUUAACCCCUCUCAAGACUAAACCACCACCUCCAAAAUUCAGAGUGGUCCAGAGGAAAAGUCGGGCCACCUGCCUCAUCCUUGAUGUCUCUGGAAGUAUGAGCGGAGAGAGAAUACGCCGACAGCAGCAGGCAGCUGCACUUUUCCUCAGCGAGAUUGUGGAGGAGGGGGCAUCUGUGGCCAUCGUUCAGUUUAGUAAUGAUGCAAGUAUUAGAAGACCUCUGACUAAAAUAAAGGGAAAAGCCUCAAGAGAUGCUUUAAUCAAAAACCUGCCAACAUCUGCAGGAGGAGGUACAUACAUGUGUAAAGGACUCCUGAAAAGCUUAGAGGUGCUUAAGGCAGAUGAUGGAGACACAAUAGGAGAUGAUGUGAUUUUUCUGACAGACGGUGAAGCUUCCGAUGACAUUAAUACUUGUUUUCAGACAGCGGUGAAGAGUGGUGCCAUUAUCAAUACUUUAGCACUUGGUCCGAGUGCCUCUGUCAUUCUAAAAACCAUGGCAGAUCAAACAGGAGGAAAGUUUGUUGUGGCCAAGGAUGAUUUGCUCUCCAACCAGCUGGUGGAGGCCUUCUCCUCAUUUUCAUUUUCAGAUGGAGAUCCUAUUAAACAGACAGUGCAGCUCGAGAGCAUUGGAAAGAAUACUGCUGAUUGGUUCAAUGGAACAGUGCCUAUAGACCGCACUGUAGGAAACAGCACCACCUUCACAGUCAUCUAUGAAAGAGCUACACCCACCGUGUACAUAAAGUCAUCAAGUGGGCGGGUCUACACUCAGGCUCACAUCAAAGAUGACACGGCAUCAAAGACCAUCACUUUAAAUAUUCCAGGAACUGCAGAGCCUGGGGUCUGGAAAUACAGCUUCCUCAACAGAAAAGCACCUGCUCAGACUAUGACUUUAACAGUGACGAGUCGGGCAGCCCACGAUAGCGUUCCUCCACUUAUCGUUACAGCCAAGAUGAACAAGCUGAGCAGUGAUGGAAGUAAACCCUUGGUUGUUUAUGCUGAAGUCAGUCAGAAUUUGAUGCCUGUUCUUGGGGCCAAUGUUACUGCCACCCUGCAGUCAGAUACCGGGCAUUCAGUGCAACUAUACCUCCUGGAUAACGGAGCAGCGGCUGAUAACGUUAAAGAUGAUGGCAUCUACUCUAGAUAUUUUACAUAUUUAAAGAGUGGAAGGUACAGUCUGAAAGUGAAAGUGACUGACCGUACUGACACCAAACGCUCACUCGGCAAACCCAGCGGUGCUCUGUAUGUCCCUGGAUAUAUCGUAAAUGGUAAAGUAGAGUUGAACCCCCAGGAGCCACCAGUAAACGUGGAGCCGGCGAAUGUGGGCAGCUUCAGCAGAAUAGCCACUGGAGAGAGCUUUGUGGUGAAGGUCGCAUCAGGUGUCACUCCCAACUUCCCUCCAAACAGAAUCCGAGACCUGAGUGCCGAAUUCCAGAAUGACAAUGUGCUUCUCAACUGGACGGCUCCAGGAGAAAUCUAUGAUGAGGGGACAGCUAAAUCCUAUGAAAUCAGAUGGAGUGAAAAUCUGGAGAUGCUUCAGAAGAAUUUCAGUGGCGCUAAUCUAUUGAACACAUCUGGACUCCAGCCAAAAGAGGUGGGCUCGGCUGAACAGCAUCACUUCCUGCCGGAUACCCAGAUCAAAAACGGCACCACCCUGUUCUUCGCUAUUCAGGCAAAGAACAAAAAGGGGGUGAAGUCUGAAUUAUCUAACAUCGCUCGGGUCACCAAGUUCCUCCCGACUCCUGAAGAACCUGCAUAUCCAGGCUUCAGCCUGGUCAUUAUUAUCAAGUCUAUGCUGCGGUCUUUCCUGCCGCAGUGGUAGUGCGUCUCAUAUCUGUUGUUAUCACAUCUGCAAUUAACAAAAAAAAGUCAGAAUAGAGAUGGCUAAAAUUUACACAAGCAGUGUUUAUGAGAAUUUGACCAGUUUUCAGCCUAUAAAUCCUGACUGGGCUUAAUCCCUGUCUAUGAAACCAGUAAAUAUGUAAUGGCACGAUAAAAUGCUACCUGCCUCUCUCUGCUGUGAUUAAUAUGCCAUUUUUCAAUAAACUCUUUAAGCAUUACACAAUCUU